AAUGUAAGGGAUGCGGUUAUACCUCACUACAUAAUGGAGAAGGGCGGUGCGCUAGGAGGAGGAGGGAGGGGGUAAAAGCCAAGGAGUGCGUCCGGAGGCAAAACGCGAGAGGGACUCAGACAUCAAUAACAUCUCACUCAUCAAUAAGACAUUUUGAAUGAGUUAAUGAAAUAGGUUUUGUCUCUCUGAAUAUACAAUAUUGAAUCGAAUGACCCCCAAUGGAACAGAUCUGAAGGACAACUCUUCAGCGUCUCCAUCCACUCGGUCAGACAGAUAAGACGUGGAGGUUCCUCAUCCCGCAGAGAUGGCUAUCAACACGGAUGCUGCCUUCGGCAAAAGCGCGCUGGGCGAGAGGGAAGUUUCCAAUCCCACCGACUUCCAGGACACGGAGAAGCUGCUGAGCACCGCGACCACCGAGCCCAGCGGGCAGAGCAACGUCAAGCCGUCGGACUCCUUCUCCCUCAACAUCAGAGGCAGCAUCCGGUCCCUGGACGCGGACCAGAACGGACACAGAUCACCGUUGAAGUCGGGCUCCAUCGGGCAGCUGGCGGCCCCACCCAAUUCCCUGUCCCGUCUCAACCUGGGCCCGCUGGCCUCCUCGGUGCCGCCCGAGAUCGCGCCGCCGAGUUACUUCUGGCUCGCCGUGGUGUCCUGCUUCUGCCCCGCCGUGCCGCUCAACAUCUGUGCUUUGUGGUACGCGAACGUGUCGCGGUCUGUUCUCCAUACAGGAGACAUAGAAGGAGCGAGGAAGUACGGGCGUCUGUCUAUGCUGCUGAGCUGUCUGGCGAUGCUGCUGGGUGUGGCUGUCAUCGUCUUCAUAGUGCUGACAAUAGAGAUCCAGAAGUGAACUCGGGGAUGGGAAGGAGCGUUAUUUCACUUCUCAAAUUUGCACAGAAGAGAGGCGAGGAAUGUUGAGGAUGAACAAGUAAAAAAAAAAAGCUGAAGAGACACAAUUUAUUGCUUUUUUCCUGCUAUGGACCAAAUAAGAAAGAAGAGAGGAAAGAAGAAGUUGCAGGGCCAAUAACCCCACAAACUCAGGAACAAAGGAAGGACAACAAGGUUGUCGUGUGGGAUCAUCAGACAGCAGAGGAGAAAGUGUAACUACUCAAUAGUCCAAACUAGUGGGGCAAUGAGGUACACGCGUGCCUGACACACACACACAUCUGGCACUGUCAUUUGCGUAUUACAAAAAUACAGCAGUAGAUAAGCGGAUUGACUUAAAUGAAAAUGUAAAAAAUAAAGAUGAAAUUUGUAGAUGAUGUGAAGAUGAAACAAACAUUCUUGUGGUCAGAGAAAAACCAAAGGCGUCCGUCUGUAAUGCCGCCACUGCCUGCCCCGUUUCUCUUACAACUUGCCUCAAAGUACAGACUGUCUGUAUAUACUGAUUUAAUACCACUGUUUACAUCACGUUUAAAAACUACGUUUGUCUGACCAACGCCCCGCUGCAGUCAGACGCUCACAUCUUGCUUUGCGUGCUACUAUGAUAAGCUAAUCGGACUCCACUGAACUGCCUGGAUCUCUAAACCUCAUUACGUUUACGAUAUACUGCAAGAUAUGAAUGGGGUCGUUGUCCCUGUAUGCACUGUCCUUGGCACUCUGAUGAUGUUGAUGUUUAUACAUUUAUACUGUACGACUGUUUUACUGUGCCAUAGCUCUGCAUGUCGGAAAUAAACUUGAAUGAGCAUGA